AUGGCACAAUCCUCGAAGCUAUGGUACGACAAACCAGCCGCAGAAUGGAAUGAAGCUUUACCCAUCGGAAAUGGCAGAUUGGGUGCUAUGAUCCAUGGACGUACUGGUACUGAACUCAUCUGCUUGAACGAAGAUUCAGUCUGGUACGGUGGACCCCAGGACCGUGUGCCCAAAGAUGCCUUGGCACAUCUGCCCAAGUUGAGAGAUUUGGUCAGAGAGGGCAAACAUGCUGAAGCUGAGAAAUUGGUGGAUAGGAGGUUUUGUGCUACACCUUCUGGGCAGAGGCAUUAUGAACCGUUGGGGACUGUGAAAAUUGAAUUCGGUCAUGAUGGGGAUGGCGUGAGUGAGUAUAGGAGAGAGCUGGAUCUGGACACUGCUAUUCACAAGACUGAGUAUGCUUUUGAUGGAAAGAUGGUCAAGGUAGAGAUGCUGGCGAGUGUUAUUGAUCAAGUCAUUGCGAUUCGCGUUCAGAGCGAGGAAACAAUUGAGUUUGUGGUCAGGUUGACCAGAGUUGGAGAGAUCGAGUACGAGAGUCAUGAGUAUUUGGAUUCUGUUGAGACGACAGACAAUCGUAUGGUUAUGCUCGUUACUCCCGGAGGAUAUCAGAGCGUGAGAGCAUGCUGUGCUCUUGGCGUUCGUACAGAUUCUGAAGGGACUACAGAGAAUCAGGGCGGCUCUUUGGUCGUCAAUGCCAAAGACGCACUUAUCGUAGUUGCAGCAAGAACGACGUUCCGCCAUGAAGAUUUCGACACGCUGGCAUUAGAAGACGUUUCUGCCGCCCUCGAGCGUGGUGCAGACAAGAUCUGGGACUACCACAUUCAACACCAUCAACCCUCUUACCAUCAAAUGCAACUCACACUAGGUCCACCGAGAGCUGAAGAUGGACUACCGACAGAUCAAAGGAUCAAGAAUGGCACCACGCCAGCACUGAUAGCUCUAUACACAAACUACUCCCGCUACCUCCUCCUCUCCAGCAGUCGACCAAGCAAUACCCCCACCACUCAACACCUCGACCUCCCAGCAAACCUUCAGGGCCUCUGGAACCCCUCUUUCCACCCAGCCUGGGGCUCAAAAUUCACCAUGAACAUAAACCUGCAAAUGAACUAUUGGGGAGCUCUUCCUCUAAACCUGUCUUCCACAAUGGACCCCCUCUUCUCUCUUCUCCACCGUCUCGCAUUACCAGAAAAUGGCGGAAGAGUGGCGAAACAGAUGUAUGGAGCAAGAGGAUGGUGCUGCCACAACAACACUGAUCUCUGGGCCGAUUGUGCACCAUGUGAACGCUGGACCCCGGCGACCCUCUGGCCAUUAGGGGGAGCAUGGUUAUGCUCAUUCAUCUGGGAGCACUACCUCUUCACCUCUUCCCUUUCCACCCUACGCAAAAACUUUCCAGUCCUCCAAGGAGCUGUGGAGUUUUGCUUGGACUGGUUAGUCGAAGAAAAAUUCCCAGAUGGCAAAAUCUAUCGCGUCACCAAUCCUUCUUUGUCGCCGGAGAAUACCUUCAUCGAUGAUGCCACGGGCGCAAAAGGCGUUUUCUGCAGAGGAAGCACGGCAGAUUUGACAAUCAUCUCCAGCUUGUUUGAAGAUUACCUCAACGUUUGCGAAACCCUACACCUGAAACCUCACCUCCUCCGCGAAGUAGGCGAAACAAUGCUAUCCCUUCCUCCCCCCAGCACAUGUCCAAAAACAGGCAGACUUCAAGAAUGGGGCGUGCACAAUCACGCAGACGAGGAACCAGGUCAUCGCCAUCUAAGUCAUUUACUGGGAGUCUAUCCAUUCACCUGCAUCGACAUAUCCGCCUCUCCCAUCCUCUCCCGCGCCGCCCUACGCAGUCUAGAAAUCAGACUCGCAAAUGGAGGAGGCCAUACUUCUUGGUCCCGCGCCCAUCUCCUUUGCCUAUUCUCUCGUUUCCGUCUCCCUGGAAAAAUCGCGGAGAAUUUUUCUGCGCUGUUGGGGCACAGUACGUUGGGGAAUUUGUUUUCCUCUCAUCCGCCUUUUCAAGCGGAUGGCAAUUUCGGAGCUGCGGCUGGUGUGGUCGAGGGGAAGUCAAGGGUGUCAGGUGUAGAGGAGGAUGGACCGUCGGAUUCAAAUGGAGCAACGGAAAAGUUGAUGGCAAAGUGGAAGUGAGAGAUGCGAUUGACCGUGGAGAAGAAGAUGACGAAGAGGCAAAUGAAACAAAGGGUGGAAAACGGGUUAGGAAAGGUGUGGUCAUGUUUCCCGAUGGCGGAAUUGUCGAUUUUGAAGGUUGUGGUCCACAUUUCUGUUGAUUUCCUCAUUCGUCACAUCUACAAGCAAAUCUUUG